AUGGAGAAAUCACGGCAUCGACUGACUCUGGCUCGUCGAAAUCUAUCACUUCCAGCUGCAUCAGGAUGUCGCGAUGUCCUUGCAACUGAGCCUGGACAGGUCUGGUGCAGCCGAGGCUUACCUCGAGGGCGAAGAGGUCUUCCAGAGAAUCCCUUCAUGGUCUCGGCGGUCUGCGAAGACCUGCAGUACCGGUGGAGUAAGGACGUGAUUCAGAAGGAAAUUCACCAUGACAUCAACUGUCUCGAGGGGAUUGAGUAUCCUUGGGCAGCGAUCACGAUGAUGGUGCCUGGGGAGGCAGAUGUUGAGUGUGCUCGUGUGUCAAGGCUGACUGGCUGUGCGGUACUGACAGACGAUUCUGAUCUCCUGCUGCACGACCUUGGAUCCUCUGGUUCGGUGUUGUUCCUGGACUCAGUACAGUCACCGACGCGUGUCUGGGAUCCCGUCGAGCCACAAAUCCAAGGACUGCGCAUUUGUCCUUCUGAUCUAUCAGUACGAUUGGGCAUCACAAACAUCCAGCGUUUCGGGUUUGAAUUAACCAGAGAUCCUCAUUUACGGUUUGCCGAGGCCAUUCGUAAAUCCAAGGUCGAAGGGACUGAGCUUUCAUCAGAAUACUAUGAGUUCCUCCGGGAAUAUCACCAUCCCACAGAUCGGCAAUCGGCAGGUAGGGCUGAACAGCCACAGUUGAUGGACCCUAGAGUCUCCGAGUUGUAUUGGCAAUAUGCACUCCCCGACACUUACUGCUCUGAUGAGAGUCUGCAUGUGUAUCUUGGUGUACUGAAUGAAGAUCCUGGCAGACGGUGCGCUUGGGAGCAGGGUCAAAGAUAUAGACGCCUCGGUUACGCUGCCUUCAACGCCUCCCGCGGUAGUCAAUUUACGGCUAUAUAUGAGUUUGUUCGCAGAGGCGGAAGAAUUGUCGCUGACAAAGUCACACUGGACGACACAAUUAUGGCAUCGGACAUGCAACUGCUACGCCGACGCCUUGUUCGAGCACAGGAGGUUUUUAAUCCUGAUGCAGAAAGCUUUUGGUUCUCAUUCGCCCUCGCUGAGAUCUAUGAGACAUCAAACACAGUACCCAGUGGUCAACAAUUGGAGAGUUUCCUUACGCAUGGGUACAUGGAAGGGAGUACUGGCUGGGCAGACAUCCACCUACUUGCCCAGGUACAGGCUGUUCUGUACUCCCUCAGGAUGCUCCAACAGCUUCGUGAUGUCGCGGCGCCCAGAGGCUGUGACUUACCACCUCUGGCCAAGCUACCCCCGCUACACGUCAUGAUGUCGCGACAAAAAUUGAUCCAGAGCUUUGGCAAAAGGUGGCUCUUGGAGGAUGUAGUUUCUCAACUGUUAACCGGAUAUGAUACGUGA